AUGAAACCCUACGAAGCGAACAUCGAAGACUUGAUCCGCCAGCUGGCGGAACGGGGAAUUCGAACAGAACUGCGAUGGAUCCCGGCUCACCAAGGAGUGCUGGGUAACGAGACAGUGGACCAGCACGCAAAAGAUGCGGCCCAGAAGCCCAACGACGCACAAAAUUCCCACAAUCGAUACAUUCGCCUGGCUGCCGCGACGAAGCGUCGAUUUCGCCAAGAGGCAAAGAUCGAGUGGGAAAGAGCAUGGGCAUCAGAGAAGACCGGUCGGCCGACCAGAAGGCUGAUCGAGACACCGAGCAGGAAAACACUGGAAUACUGGUCGGGUCUAAAUAAAGCAACCGCAUCUAUCUUGAUGCAGCUGCGGACUGGGCGCAUCGGACUGAGUGCCUAUCUGGCUCGCAUCAACCGACGAGAGACCGCACGAUGUAAUUGCGACUUGGGCAACCAGACGGUGACACACGUCCUACAUGAGUGCCCGUUGCAUCAAGAGGAACGCGAUGAGAUGCGCAAUGCCCUGUCUGAGCAGGGCAUUACUCUCCGCUACGAAGAAUUGCUGACGCGCCUGGAGGCACGCACAAUUGUAGCGGAUUUCAUGAUCAGGACCGGUCUCCUGGGCCAGUUCCAGGGGCUGGAUCCAAUAGCUCUCGUAGCGGAAGAAGUAGAGAAAGAAUGA